GCCCUCGCGCUGCCCCCGGGUCUCUCCGGGGCGGCCGCGCAGGCGGAUCGGCGCUCGCACGUCAAUCACCGGUUGCCUUGGCAGCCUUUUGACGUCACCGCUCCCUGCCCUGUCCCUGCUCCUGGGGCUGGUGAUUGGAGGGAAACCCCGUGGAUCAGAGCGAGACGGACCGACUUGCCUGCGAGUGCGAGUCAGCUGGGCAGCUCGAGCGAGGACGCGAUUAAUUCACACUCUCAGCCGCAAGCAGCCAUGGACAAGAGCGAGCUGGUGCAGAAGGCCAAGCUGGCGGAGCAGGCCGAGCGCUACGACGACAUGGCCGCCUCCAUGAAGGCGGUGACCGAGCAGGGCGGCGAGCUGUCCAACGAGGAGAGGAACCUGCUGUCCGUGGCCUACAAGAACGUGGUGGGCGCCCGGCGCUCCUCCUGGCGGGUGGUCUCCAGCAUCGAGCAGAAGACCGAGGGCAGCGACAAGAAGCAGCAGAUGGCCAAGGAGUACCGGGAGAAGAUCGAGGAGGAGCUGAAGGAGAUCUGCAAGGACGUGCUGGCUCUCUUGGACAAGUUCCUGAUUCCCAACGCUUCCCAUGCAGAAAGCAAAGUCUUCUACUUGAAAAUGAAAGGAGAUUACUAUCGCUACUUAGCUGAGGUGGCUGUUGGAGAAGAGAAAAACACAAUAAUUUCGAACUCGCAGCAGGCCUACCAGGCAGCUUUCGACAUCAGCAAGAAAGACAUGCAGCCCACACAUCCCAUUCGCCUGGGCCUGGCCCUCAACUUCUCCGUCUUCUACUACGAGAUCCUCAACUCGCCCGAGCAAGCCUGCUCGCUGGCGAAAACGGCGUUUGAUGAAGCGAUCGCAGAGCUUGACACGCUGAACGAAGAUUCCUACAAAGACAGCACAUUAAUCAUGCAGCUACUGAGGGACAACUUGACCCUGUGGACCUCGGACAACCAGGGCGAAGAGGAGGCCGAGGACGGGAAGGACAACUGAUGGCCGGCCCGGCUCCCGUCCGCUGUCAUCCCUGUUUGUCGACGCUGAGACCGCCUCAUCCAGCUGUCCCGUACCGUACGACUAGUCUCUGUUUCGGUUCUUUCACUCACGAGCUUUCUGUCACUUUCGUUUCUGGGAGGGUGAGCGGGCGGGGAGAAGGAGGUGGG